AUCCUGUUUGAGUUUGUUUGGUCGAUUUCCCACACCGGUAGAAGGGGAGAUUUGCUUGUUUUAUUAUAAAUAAGUCUGCCCUGUCCAGUUAUUGUGAUCAACGCCUCUGGAAUCUUCCGAUCCUUCUCUCAUACGCUUUCUAUCUCUAGGACAUGUCUUCAAAUUAUACGUAUGGUUGGGAUUUCAUCACUAGCACCUGGGAUUGUAUUGAACGACAAGCACACCUUGAUGAAUGGAAGGAAGUGGAUCCUGAUUUGAAGCAGCUGGGUCGUGUUCUGUCAGAUCAGUUUCCGGAUCCACCCAAAGACACUGUUAAAACUAUGACGAAUGGCUAUGCGCUUGUGGUGGACUUCGUGCGAUGUGAACCGCCGGUUGAACCGGACCCAAUCUUUUUGGGGUUGGCACCUCCAGGCACCCGCGGCAGGCGAAGGCUGACUAAGAGAUUUCUGGAAGCAGAUCGCAGAAGGCUUAAGAAGGGGGUGCCUAAUUAUGGGCCCUACGGUAACUACAUACCAAAGGCACCAGCUUUUUCGCCCACCCAACCAGCAGUCUCACCAGCUUAACAUUCCAGCCACCGGGAUUCUGGUUCCCCUACUGUUUAUCUUUCAUGCUUUCCUACAUUAAGCUUUUGAAUUCAAUCUCUUGGCUGAAUUUGACAUUACUAGGCAUCCCUGGGUUGGUUGGGGAGCCUCUGCCCUCUGCUGGCCAUCUAGUUAAUGGGCUGCUCCCUACAUUUGAGGUGCUUGUCUCGGUAGGUAGUCUAUCAUCACUACAAGAUAGUCAUGCAUACAAUUCUUUUUUAUGCAUAACAGAUGGGAACAGGGAUGGAAAUUACCCAUGGAUAUCCAUUUAUACGCUUCACCCACCCGAUCAGACUGAUUGAAACUUGAAAACAUGUUGGUGACCGAUCAAGCAUAUAACAGAUACAGUAAAUGGGACUCACCCAAUUCUCCACCCGAAUCAUUAAUCCUACCCAUUUCAUUUUGACAUUACAGAGGUGUAUUUUGUUUUGCUGGCUAAUACGGUGGUUGGGGCUUAAAUCUCUAAAAUUUGCGUGAUUAUAUUGGUACCCUGGCGGGUUUGGAUCACCUGUCCAUCUUUUUCAUCCUUGAAUAAUGUAUCAAGAAUGUCAAUGUGGCCAUAUGGUAUUUCUGGCAAUCCUAGAGGAUGAAAAUAUGGGUAGGUGUAUACGUUUCUCUAUUCGAUUCAAGUGUAGAAAAGAAAAUGACUAGGGCUUUUUGAAUAGUUAUAUCUUAGAUAUGAAUGUACAUUGUAGAAAGAGUGUCGUUGAACCGAUGUUAAAAUCUCGAUUUCAAUUGUAAAAUCAAG